AUCGCACGGAUCUACCUUCUCGGGUGGAUUUUCCUUACUCACACUCGCAGUAAGCAGCUGCAAGCCGUGCGGUCUUCGCAGUCUCCAUCUCGCUGCGUUCUCGGACUGACGAAAGUGCACGGUGCACGCGCCUGGGUCCUAGUGGUUCCUGCCCAAAGAUGAUGCACAUCCUUACUAUACUAGUGGAAAACAAUGGCAAGCUGAUGUGUGUGUAAACUGUGCAUUUAAAAGUGAAAUUUGUGAACGCUAGAGUACAUCACCAGUAGCAGAAGGAUGUUACGUUCCGAUAAUGGCCCUACCGGGGGUCGCGGGUCAAAAGUUCUACUAAGAAGCACUUCAUUUCAAAAACUGUGCUCCAUACCAUACAGCUUUAAAAUAGAAGCAAUUCGAUCGUAUAAGGAAUAUUUCAAAACUAUCAUUAGGCUGUUGAAAGCUGCAACAAGAGCAUGUGUUAUUUCGAUCUAUUUCAAAUUAACAACAAUCGUCUACCUGAAUGCAACUUUUUACAAACAUGAUGGCUGGUUAAAAAUAUGCCAGUACUCAAAGAGCAAUAUUUUGCGAUUCUUUAAUAUUCAGGCGCAGCCGAAUGGUCAUCUGAAUAAAAAUACUAAGCAACAUAAAAGACAUAACAUCGCUUCAAUGUAUUCGAAUAUAACCGACACAUCAGUUUGGUUGAUUAUUUUAAAACCAAUCGUUCAAACGCUUCUAACGUACGUUUGUGUAGGCUACAUUGGACUUCAAAUAUGGUGGAUUUUGUGCGCUUUAUCGUACACUUCAACCCCUUUUCCUUUUGGCCUCGUAUUUCUCAUGAUGGAUCUUAGCUACAUGGGAUUUAUAAUAUCAAAGAUUGCACUGAAAGGGAACUAGACUUGAAUGGAGCUCGAAUCGGUACGAUUCGGUUGCGCAUUGAGCUAUUACAAGGAACACCGCAUCCAACAAGAGAACAAUAUCAAUUUUACCUACGAUGUUUUGCAUCCAUUUUUAUUUUUUCAACACAAAAAAUUCAAACCACAUUGCGUUUUGCGCCAAUCAGUACUACUGGCGCCACUUACGCUGAUAGAUUUUACAGAUGUUUCGUGUUUUAUCCCAACAUAGGCACACACAUGCACACAAGUCAACAUUCAGGUUACAAUGUGCCACAUGGUAGUAAAAAAUAAGUUCACGAAUGGUAGGAAAAAGAACAAGUAAAUAAAGUUCACAUAUACCUAAUG